AUGUCGAUUUCUUAUCAUUUUGAUCAUUUGCCACCGAAUGUGUUAACGUUGUCUGGCUAUGAUUUUUUUAUAUUCAUUCGAACUACUUUAGGUGAAUCUGAAGCAAAUUUUUUGAACAAAAUAUCAGUAAAAGCAACAUCGUCUUUCAUAUUAAUUGAAAAAUCAUUAGAUAUUUUCAAUCAAGAUAUUGAUGAUGAAGAAUUAGAUACAUUAAAAGAACAAUUAUGUUUUAAAAUGAAGAAUGAUAAAUUCCUAAUAAAACCUGGUGUUCUUUCUGGAUUUGUUUCACUGAAGGAAGCUUUAAAAGAAAAAUUAAAUCAACAAAUCAAACCUGCAACAAAAAAGAAACAACAACAAUCAAAUAAUAAUGUAUCAUCAAUCUCUUCUUUAACGUUAUCAAUACAAGAAGCAAGAACUUCUUCCUUAUCUUCAUCAGGACAUAAAUGA